UGCUGUGCAAUAUAGGGAGGCAAGGGCGAUCAGGGACUCACACAGUCUGCUUCCUGUUUGUGAAACGUGGUCCUCCUAGCAGCACAAACUCAGAGCCUGAGAGCCGGCCAUGCCACGGAGCCAAAUGCAUAACUGGCUGGAUGUUCUCCUCUUUGGACUCCUGCUUCUCCUCGGCCAUGUGCAGGGUCAGGACUCACCAGAGGCCAGCCCCAUCAGAAACACACAUACAGGACAGGUCCGAGGCAGCCUUGUCCACGUGAAGGACACUAAAGCUGGUGUCCACACCUUCCUGGGAAUCCCCUUCGCCAAGCCUCCUGUAGGACCACUGCGCUUUGCACCUCCUGAGGCCCCUGAGCCAUGGAGUGGUGUGAGAGAUGGAACUGCACAUCCAGCCAUGUGUCUGCAAAAUCUGGGUGUAAUGAAGGAGAUAAAAUUGAAGCUGCCACCUGUCUCUACGUCCGAGGACUGCCUAUAUCUCAACAUCUACACACCAGCCCAUGCCCAUGAGGGCUCUAACCUGCCUGUGAUGGUAUGGAUUCACGGAGGUGGACUGGUUGCAGGCAUGGCUUCCAUGUACGAUGGAUCUCUAUUGGCAGCCAUUGAGGACUUGGUGGUGGUCACUAUCCAGUAUCGUCUGGGUGUCCUGGGCUUUUUUAGCACUGGAGACCAGCAUGCCAGAGGCAACUGGGGAUUCCUGGAUCAAGUGGCUGCCCUACGCUGGAUCCAGCAGAACAUUGCCCACUUUGGAGGCAAACCUGACCGGGUCACUAUUUUUGGCGAGUCUGCAGGUGGCACAAGUGUGUCUUCCCAUGUUGUGUCCCCCAUGUCCAAAGGACUCUUCCAUGGAGCCAUCAUGGAGAGUGGGGUGGCCCUGCUUCCUUACCUUAUCACUGACACCUCUGAGAUGGUCUCCACUACGGUGGCCAAGCUCUCUGGAUGUGAGGCCAUGGACUCAGAGGCCCUGGUGCGCUGUCUGAGAGGCAAAAGUGAAGCAGAGAUUCUGGCUAUUAACAAGCUUGUCCAGAUGAUCCCUGCUGUGGUGGAUGGAGAGUUCUUCCCCAGGCAUCCCAAAGAGUUGUUGGCAUCUGAGGAUUUUCACCCUGUCCCCAGCAUCAUUGGUGUCAACAACGAUGAGUUUGGUUGGACCAUUCCUGUGGUCAUGGGCUCUGCUCAAACAAUAAAGGAAAUAACCAGAGAGAACCUGCAGGCUGUUUUGAAGAAUACAACAGCACAACUGAUGCUGCCUCCUGAGUGUAGUGACCUGCUAAUGGAAGAGUACAUGGGGGACACUGAGGAUGCCCAGACCCUCCAAAUACAGUUCACAGAGAUGAUGGAAGACUUCAUGUUUGUGAUCCCUGCACUUCAAGUAGCAUAUUUUCAGCGUUCCCAUGCUUCUGUCUACUUUUAUGAGUUCCAACAUCAGAUCGCCUCUCUCAAGGAUGUCAGACCAACCCACGUGAAGGCUGACCAUGCUGAUGAGAUUCCUUUUGUCUUUGGGUACUUCUUCUGGGACAUGAAACUUGACUUCACUGAGGGGGAGAAGCUGCUGAGCAGGAGGAUGAUGAAGUACUGGGCCAACUUCGCACGACAUGGGAACCCCAACAGCGAGGGUCUACCCUACUGGCCUGUGAUGGACCAUGAUGAGCAGUACCUGCAGCUGGACACCCAGCCUGCUGUGGGUCGAGCCCUGAAGUCCAGAAGGCUGCAGUUCUGGACCAAGACUCUGUCCCAGAAGAUCCAGGAGCUAAGGGCUUCUCAGGACAAGCACACGGAGCUUUAGUACCCUUUAUAAGGAAAUGUGUUUGGGGUUUAAAGUCAAUAGCGUUACAAAGUCCAUUUAUUUAUUUUUGUUUGUUCCAACACUUACAUAGCAUUUGUCACCUCAGUCUUUGAGCUUUCCUGUGUGAAAAACACUCUCUAUGUAUUCCUUAUUAUUUUGGGCAAAUUCUCAUUAAAUUCAAUCAAUUCUCAAAUUACACUGUGGAUGUGUAAGCCCCAAAGUGCCUCCAUCUUCUUUAACCCUUUACUGAGACUAGGCUCCUCCUUCUUUCCUUCUUUAUUUCCUUUCAUCUUUUCUUCCUUCCAUCUUUGCUUCCUUCUUUCCAUUAUCUUCUCCCAAACUUUCCUCUCCUUUUCUCCAACUCCAGAACCUUCUUCAAAUGAAAUGGAUGCUUAAGGGACUGUUGGCCCCAAGAGAUUGACUGCAUCAAAAUUUCAGCAAGCCAUGCAAAUCAAAACAACCCUGAGAUUCCACCUCACACCAGUCAUAAUGGAUAUUAUCAAAAAUUCAUGUGACAGCAGAUACUGGCAAGCAUGUGGAGAAAAAGGGACACUCCUCCAUUGUUGGUGGGAUUGCAAGCUUGUACAACCACUCUGGAAAUCAGUCUGGAAGUUCCUUAGAAAAUUGGACAUAGUACUACCAGAAGAUCCAGCAAUACCUCUCCUGGGCAUAUAUACCCAGAAGAUGUUCCAACUGGUAAUAAGGACACAUGCUCCACUAUGUUCAUAGCAGCCUUAUUUGUAAUAGCCAGAAGCUGGAAAGAACCCAGAUAUCCCUCAACAGAGGAAUGGAUACAGAAAAUGUGGUACAUUUACACAAUGGAGUACUACUCAGCUAUUAAAAACAAUGGAUUUAUGAAAUUCCUAGGCAAAUGGAUAGAUAUGGAGGGUAUCAUCCUGAGUGAGGUAACCCAAUCACAAAAGAACUCAGAUGAUAUGCACUCACUGAUAAGUGGAUAUUAGCCCAGAAACUUAGAAUACCCAAGAUACAAUUUGCAAAACACAUGAAACUCAAGAAGAACGAAGACCAAAGUGUGGAUACUUCAUCCCUCCUUAGAAUGGGGCACAAAGAUACCCAUCUAAGGAGUUACAGAGACAAAGUUAGGAGAUGAGAUGGAAGGAAAGACCAUGCAGAGACUGUCCCAUCCAGGGAUCCAUACCAUAAUCAACCACCAAAGACAGACACAAUUGCAUAUGCCAGCAAGAUUUUGCUGAAAGAACCUUGAUAUAGCUGACUCUUGUGAGGGUAUGCCAGUGCCUGGCAAAUACAGAAGUGAAUGCUCAGAGUCAUCUAUUGGAUGGAACACAUGGCCCCCAAUGGAGGAGCUAGAGAAAGUACCCAAGGAGCUGAAGGGGUCUGUAACCCUAUAGGAGGAACAACAAUAUGAACUAACAGGUACCCCCUGAGUUUGUGUCUCUAGCUGCAUAUGUAACAGAAGAUGGUCUAACCAGCCAUCAUUGGGAGGAGAGGCCCUUGGUCUUGCAAAUAUUAUAUGCCCCAAUACAAGUGUAUACCAGGGCCAGGAAGCAGGAGCGGGUGGGAUGGAGAGCAGGGUGGGGGGAGAGUAUAAGAGACUUUUGGGAUAGCAUUUGAAUUGUAAAUGAAGAAAAUAUCUAAUAAAAAAUAAUUGAAAACAA